GUGCAAACGUCAAAGUUGCGCUAGGUCAAUGUGUCCUUCCACACGUGUGGCGUGUUUCUUGUAGAGGCAGAAGGAGCAGCGAGGCUGACAGGAGUGUCUUCGGCUUUUAGCGGAGUUCUCCUGUUUCUGACCAGCUCGUCAUAUCUACACAGCCAUGCUGAAGUCAGUAGUCCGCUCGGUGGGAGCCGCCGUUCGCCUCUGCUCGGCCGCUCCGUCAGCAGCGCGAGCCCUGCCGCUCAGCUGCCCGACUUUGCGCUCUCCAGGCUCGGCCACCAUCCGGCCGUUCACCCGCUCUCUGUGGAUGCUGAAUAACAACGGAGCCUCGUCGGGAUACCAGCCAAAACUGUUCAGCUCGAAGGGUCUAAGUCCGUCGAUUUCAUGCGGGUGUGGAGGACUACACACAGAAGGUGACAAAGCCUUUGGGGAGUUCCUGUUGGAUGAAAUCAAAGAAGAGAAGAAGAUCCAGAUGAACAAAAGUCUCCCUAAGAUGUCCGGAGGAUGGGAGCAGGAGAUGAACGGCACAGAGGUUAAACUCACAAGACAAGUUUCUGGAGAAAAAGUCACUGUCACUUUCAAUGUCAACAACAGUAUUCCUCCCAACUUUGAGGAGGAGGUGGAGCAGGGACAGCAGCAGAAACCUGCUGAGGAUGAGCCAGAAAUUGUGUCAUCCCCCAACUUUGUCAUUGAAGUAACAAAACAGGGGGCCAAAUAUUCCCUUGUGUUCGACUGCCAUUUUCCUGAAGACGAGAUGAGCCACGGUGAUGGCGAGGAGGAGAACGACAUCUUUGCCAUCCGGGAGGUCAGCUUCCAGCCCGAGGGAGAUUCAGACUGGAAGGAGACCAGUUACACGCUCAACACAGACUCCCUGGACUGGGCACUGUACGACCACAUGAUGGACUUCUUGGCUGACCGUGGGGUCGACAACACCUUUGCUGACGAACUCGUGGAGCUGAGCACGGCCAUCGAGCAUCAAGAGUACAUCAAGUUCCUUGAAGAUCUGCAAAGCUUUGUCAACUGCAAGUAGUGUUUAAACAAAAUUGUCAGUUCUUAGUGUGCAAUCUGACAAGGAUGGUGGUAUGACGCAGUAAACCUAAAGUUAUGGAUAAACGUUUAAAACCACAAAGAGACUGAGGUGAUGUCUGAGAAUGUUGUCAGCAGACACCACACUGUGGUUUCUUCAAGGCGGCUUUGUUUCCUCCAUUUUAAACCACAUUAUUUAAAUCAGGUGUCUGGACUUCACAAUGACAGACGUCAUAUCUUCACUCAAUCUUGCUGCGUCUGACUCAGCUGUGGAUGUUUAAUAUGGCCUGAUCAUCCUUUGACUUCUAACUAAUAAAGAGACUUUGUUAGUUAUCAGCAGAAUGUUUUGUGUUUCCUGCUUUCAUGUCUUACCCCUCGCCCACCAAUGGAGCAGAUUCUUACUGAAUAUGGUUUCUCCCAUUCAAAAGGUCUGGAUGUGUUCUGCAGUGUAGAGCUGGAAAUACUGUUCAAUAAACAAUUUGACACCCUAA